GCAAGACCUAGACCCUUAAUUAUCGGUCAAUCCCUUUGAUCCUGGAUCAAUUAGCGUAUAGACGUCUUUUUAUAAAUUGUUCAGUAUCAAUUUAGUCAAUUUACUAGCAAAAUUAAUUACUAAUCAGGCCAUUGUUUUGCCGUUAUAUUUUACUGUUUAGUUGUUAAUUAUUAUCAACAAAGUUAAGCUAAGCAAAUAUUACUGUACGUUACCGGCGGUAUACUCGCAUUAUAAAUAAUAUUAAAAUCAAAUAAUAAGUUCAGAGUGCUGGAACUACGUUGUCCACGUAGAUAAUUAUUGAACCGCCAGCGUUUAUAUCAGGACAAUUAUUGUAUUGUAUUUUGCGGGGACGUUUAUUUGGAUUUAUGAAACUUUCAAGUCUGACUAUCUCACCUCAAUUUCUUCACGUUAAUGUUGAAAUGAUGUGCAGUAGUCUAUAUUUAAGAUUCCUUUUAUUGAUUAUUUAAAUAACAACAUACAACAGAAAAUGGAAGUAUAAGUUACAUUUUGACUGACGCAAAAGAUAGACAUUGAUAUUAGUCAAAAAAAAAAGUAGCAUUUAUUAUGGAACUACCUAUAACUGAAGUUUCUCCGCCACUAGUUUCAAUUAUAUCAUGUUAUCCAAAACAAAGAUUAUUAGAUAAUUCAACGGAAAAUAAAAUUGAAUGGUUAGAACAAGAAAUUUAUUCCGGUCUCAAAGUUUGGCAAUUAGUUGGUACCAUUUUAAUAAUAUUGAUGACAAUAAUCAUUGUUUUUUGUUGUUGUGUCAAAUUUCGUGUCCCAAGAACCAAACAAAAUAUUGAAGCCGAUUAUGUUCGCAAAAGAAUUACAAAAAAUUUUGGAAACGAAUUAACAAAAAUUAGUAAUACUGAUAUUGACCGAAUAGAUCUAAAGAAAGCAUUAGCAAAAGUUCAAGCUGAUAUCGAUAGCGAAAUCAACCAGACUCAUAAGGAACAAGCGGAAGAUAAUUGCAACAGUAAAAAAAAGCUAGGAAAUUUUUAUACUAGAUUCCUUACAUUUUCUGGAUUUUACUGAUUUCAUAUUGCUGCGGAAUGGGAAUAUUAACAUAAUACUUAUGCAGCCUAUCCCAAGUUAUUUUCAUGGUUAAUCGACCAUCGUUAUUUCGUGAAAAGUUUGCAUAUACAUACUAGUUAUCUACUGUACAAUGAUUAUAGUUCGACCGUGAAUGUAUGGUCCUUUAUCGGAAAAAUAAAUUCACCAUGAAUUGACGGUUGACAUCUCGAUGACUUCAAUUUUCUUAACUUCAUUUAUAGCCGAAUAAAUACAAUCAACAUCCCGUUUCAAGUUUAUGAUUUGGUAAAGCGUUUAACAGAUCAGACUGUAAAUCGAGUAGGAAUCGGGAUCGAGCCCAAUAGUCACCGUUUUUUUCAAAUAUCUUUUCAUGACAAUUAUUGUAUACAUAUCUGCAUAAAGUUAUACAAAAUUCUGUACAACUAUAUAAAAUUAGAUCAA